AAGGGCUUUCCAUCUUUUUUUUCACCCACUCUUUUUCAUUUUCCUCUGUCUGCGUCAGGUGGUGAGGUAUACCUUCAGAUUUCAUCUCUUCAUUUUCCUGGAUCCACAAGCAAACUCCCAGAUCUCAAUCGCCACCCAUCUCCACCUUCUUAAGUUCCAUCGGAUUCUCAUCUCUUCCUUCUUCUCCCCCAACUCCCAUCUUCAACUUUCAAGGUAACCUAAGCUUCCCCAUCCCAUCUUCAACUUUCAAGUUUAUUUGUAUAUUUAUAAACCAUGUGGAGGUUCAAGCCUUUCAUGCACAAAGAACCAUCUGGUCUCGAGGGUCGCUCAAUUGAUGUUGGCAACCUCAAGAUUCAUGUAAGAAAUGUUAUUGCUGAAGGAGGAUUCUCUUGUGUGUACUUAGCCAAGGAUGCUGUACACAUUUCAAAGCAGUAUGCUUUGAAGCACAUUAUAUGCAAUGAUGAGGAAUCUCUUGAAUUGGUGAUGAAGGAGGUUUCUGUUAUGAAAUCACUCCGAGGCCACCCCAAUGUUGUUACGCUUUAUGCUCAUACUAUCAUAGAUAUGGGACGCACAAAGGAAGCUUUACUUGUGAUGGAAUUUUGUGAGAAGUCUUUGGUCAAUGUCCUGGAGAGUAGAGGAGCUGGAUACUUUGAUGAGAGUCAAGUGCUCUUAAUUUUCAGAGACGUUUGUAAUGCUGUAUUUGCAAUGCAUUGUCAUUCCCCACCAGUUGCUCACAGAGAUUUGAAAGCUGAAAAUCUUUUGUUAGGCUCAGAUGGCCACUGGAAGUUAUGUGAUUUUGGAAGCACUUCUACAAAUCACAAGCGUUUUGAGAAGCCUGAGGAAAUGGGAAUUGAAGAAGAUAACAUCAGGAAGUACACUACUCCUGCCUAUAGAGCUCCUGAGAUGUGGGAUCUAUUCCGGAGAGAACUUAUAAAUGAGAAAGUUGACAUAUGGGCUCUUGGGUGUCUCCUUUUCCGCAUAUGUUACUUCAAAAGUGCUUUUGAUGGAGAGUCAAAACUUCAAAUUUUAAAUGGGAAUUAUCGGAUUCCGGAGUUGCCUAAAUAUAGCUCGUCGGUUAUAGACCUAAUCAGAGACAUGCUCCAAGCUUCCCCAAAUGACAGACCAGACAUCACGCAGGUCUGGUUUCGUGCUAAUAACCUGCUACCUGUUGGAUCACAGAAGUCAUUACCGGAUCAGCCACCUGACAUGCCCUCUACAGACAAACAUGAAGGCACUUCAAACCCUGUGAACAAGUUGUCUCCUAUGCCUCGUAGAAGUCCACCUCCACCUCCAUCGGUUAAAAGUUCGUCACAAGCAACAUCAAAUAUGUCUAAGCCAGCAGGGGGAGGGGGAGGGGGAGGUGGAGGACCACUGGGUGCCUUCUGGUCUACUCAACAUGCCAGUGACACAGUCAAUGAGGAUACAAACAGAAUUAGGUUUGAUGAAGAAUCAACUUCGCGUAGUACGUCAAAACAUGAUCGGAAUGGUCCAAAUAACCAUUCUACACACAAGAAUGCUAGUCCUGGGGAUGUAAACCAAAAGGGAAACAAGACAGUGACAGAUAGUGGUUCAUUCAGAGACUUCGAAUUAUCGUUUUUCCAGAAUGAAAUGGAACAUGGCUCCAGUGGAUCAAAAGCGUCAAAAACUGGGAGUGCGAAUUUCCAGGACAAAGCUUUUAACAAUUUUGUUGCAGAGUUUGAUACCGGCAAAUUCAGUUCUGAUGUCACUAACAACAAACCAGGAAAGGAAGUAGCAUUAGAGGCUGAGGUGGAGAAGUUGAAGGAGCAACUGAAGCAUGCAAAUGUUGAGAAAUCUGAAAUCACAUCCAAAUUCGAAAAGCUGUCGGCUAUCUGCCGUUCUCAGAGGCAAGAGAUACAGGAGCUCAAGCAAGCACUUGCUGCUAGGAGUCCAUCACCAAACAAACUUGAAAUGAAGAAUCAAAAUUCACGAGAAGCUCAACCUUCAGCCGUGCCUCGGCUACAAAAGGCUGAUGUGACUACUCCCAGCCCUGAUGCAAAGGCAUGGCAGGCUUUUGCAGAAGAAUCCCCCAACCAGCAGCCUGUUACGCCUGAGAAGGGUGUCAAAUCUAUGAGAACUAGAAGCGUCCAGAGAAAGCAGGCUUCUCCAGAAAACACUGGUUUUGAAAGCUGGGGAUUUGGAGCCGAGAGUUUCACAGCUGUGUCUGCUGGAAGCUCCAACAAAUCUGGAUUAACGGGUGAAAGGAAUAGUUCACAACGUACUGGUGGUGGUGAACCAAAAAGCAAUGACAUAUCUUCACAACCUGCUGGAUGGGCUGGUUUCUAGUUCCAGCCAUGGUAGGGAGCUGAACGUGAUCUUUGAAUGGAGUUCUUUGUUUCGUGGCGAUACUUUCUAAAAAGGAUACAAAUUUGUGGUCGGCUUGAAAGAUGAGUAAUUCUGAUAGGGAUAUUUUCAUUUAAAUCCAAUAUAUAUAUGUGUAUUUGUGGUUGGUUGUGGUUUAUUAGAUCAAGUUGCAUGGUGGUACCUCUGCAUCUGUUACUUGUUUCUGGUCUAAUAUGAUAUAAUAAGUUGGCAUUUUUACCAAAUAUCAGACUUGAAAUCAUUUUUGUA